AUGAUACCACGAACAAUCAUGUCUAAAGACGUCUAUCUGCUGCCUCUCAAUGAUAAUGGCUCGCCCCAGGUCCCGGGCGAGUACAUCUACAUUGCGCCCCGUGGGGAUGAGCCCGUCAUUGUUCGUUUUACAAUCGAGGGCACCUCCUCCAUAUGUCGUCAUGGCAGUCUUUGGGUCAACAUCCCCGACAGAGAUGUCGAGUUUCGCCGCGACAGGUUCAGGGAGUACAAGCUUUCCCCGGAUUUCAAUCGCACUCUAGAGGUGUCAAUUCCCAUCUACGAAGCAGGAGCUUACGCAUUCUACACAACCUACGCCGAGCUUCCCGAGCUGAGCUCCCAACUUUCCGAUGAUGACACGGACGGUGCCAUCUCCGAGGAUUCUCUCAAGCAGACGCCCCUCUAUUACAUUGAUGUCGCGCCGCGCCUGAAGCUUGACGGCUCCCCGCUGCCGCUCCCGGCGCUUUCGAUCUUUUCUGUCAUCAGCAAGUUCAUGGGCAAGUACCCUACCGACUGGGAGCGCCACCUCGAGGGUAUCAGUAAUCGUGGGUACAACAUGAUACACUUCACCCCGCUCCAGGUCCGCGGUUCGUCCAACUCGCCGUACAGCCUGUACGACCAGCUCGGCUGGGACCCCGCCUGCUUUCCCGCCGGCGAGGAGGAUGCCAAGCUCAUGGUAGAGAGCCUUGAGAAGAAUCACUCGCUGCUGAGCCUGACGGACAUUGUCCUCAACCACACGGCCAACAACACCCGUUGGCUCGAGGAACAUCCCGAUGCUGGAUACAAUCUCAACACUGCGCCCUGGCUCGAAUCGGCCUAUGAGCUCGACACUAAGCUCAUCGAACUCAGCUCCAAGCUGGAAUCUCUCGGCCUCCCCACCGACAUCAGAUCUACUGAUGAUCUCAUCAAGAUCAUGGAGGCCGUGAAGAGUAAUGUUCUCGCUGAGAUACGCCUCUGGGAAUACUACGUGCUCAAUGUGGACCGAGAUGCCGAUUUGGCCGUCGAGUGCUGGAUUGCUGGAAAGACUCGAUCGACGCAAGACAUUUCCGACUUUUCAGAUAGGCAGGCCGCCCUCGAGGCGGGUACGUUGGAGGCGCAGGUCGACUUCCUCCGAAAGUAUGCUCUUACCGGAAACGACAGGCUCGGUGAGAGGUUCCGGCGGCGCAUCGAACCGAGCCUGUUUGCGACUGUUCUCGCAUUGAUGGCAGGGAAAUACGCUGCUGCUCCAGACUCUGGUUCGCCCGACGAAGCUUCCGUGCGCGGGAGAGCAGUUGAGAUCCUGGAGACUCUGAACCUUCCGUUUUACAAGGAAUACGACAGCGAUGCGGAUGAGAUCAUGGACCAGACGUUCAAUCGUAUCAAAUAUCUUCGUCUCGACGACCACGGCCCCAAGAUGGGGCCUGUCACCGCUGAGAACCCGUUGACGGAGUCCUAUUUCACACGUCUCCCCAAGAACGACAGGACGGCAAACCACCCGCCAAGAGACCUGGCUCUUGUCAACAACGGCUGGGUCUGGGGCGGCAACGCCUUAGUCGACCACGCUGGCCCGGACGUACGCGUCUAUCUCAGACGUGAGGUCAUCAUAUGGGGUGACUGCGUGAAACUCCGAUAUGGAUCAGGCCCUCGGGACAGCCCAUUCCUAUGGGAGCAUAUGACCAAGUAUGCGCGCAUGCUGGCCACAUAUUUUGCCGGCCUGCGUAUCGACAACUGUCACUCCACCCCUAUGCAUGUGGCCGAGCACAUCCUAGACGAGGCCCGCCGAGUGCGGCCCAACCUCUACGUCGUCGCCGAGCUCUUCACCGGUUCCGAAGAGAUGGACUAUCUCUUUGUCAAGCGCCUCGGAAUAAGCUCGCUUAUUCGGGAGGCCAUGCAGGCGUGGAGCACCGGCGAACUCAGCCGUCUCGUACACAGGCACGGUGGUCGUCCCAUCGGGAGCUUUGAGGUGGACGAAGUCGUCAAAUCGGACUCGCGGACUGGGCCGGGUGCCAGUGCAAACGGGGUCGAUCACAAGGAGACCAAUGGUGAACUUUCCAGGGAGAUUAUCCGCACCAUCAAGCCCACGCCAGUGCACGCCCUCUUCAUGGACUGUACGCACGACAAUGAGACACCGGCCCAGAAGCGAGAUGCCCGCGACACGUUGCCAAACGCGGCCCUCGUCAACAUGUGCUCGAGCGCGACAGGCAGUGUCAUGGGAUACGAUGAGAUCUACCCCAAGCUUGUAGACCUCGUCAACGAGACCAGGCUUUACACUUCACAGUCGUCAAGCUCCAAGUCGGUGGAGAUUGGAGGUGGAGAGAACGGCAUUGGCGGUAUCAAGAAGCUCUUCAAUCAAAUUCACACCAUCAUGGGCAAGGAUGGAUACGAUGAGACUCACAUACACCACGAGGAUCAGUACAUCACCGUCCACCGAGUUCAUCCCGAGUCGAGAAAGGGGUAUUUCCUCAUCGCACACACGGCUUUCCCCGGUUAUGGUGAUGGGAACGGAGCAUUCAACCCUGUCCAUCUCACGGGAACAAGGGUGAAGCACAUUGGUAGCUGGAAGCUCGAGGUGGACUCCACGCCAGAGGCGAUAGAGAAGACUUUGGGUGAUGAAGAAUACCUGCGGGGUCUCCCGAGUCGAGUGGUUGAUGUCGGGGGAAUCGGAGUCAAGACCGACGGGGACGACACUACCAUUACGAUUCCCAGCCAAUUCCCACCUGGAAGCAUUGCUCUGUUUGAAUCCUGGAUUCCCACAGCCGAACACUCAUCUGGUCUGGAUAAUUAUGUCACCACUGGAGCGGAUGCGGCUAUGAGCCAGCUGGAUCUGAUCGAUCUCAACUUGCUGCUAUAUCGAUGCGAGGCCGAAGAGCUGGACUCGAGCGGCGGGCGCACUGGCGUCUACGACAUUCCGGGGCAUGGCAAGCUCGUAUAUGCUGGCCUGCAGGGGUGGUGGAGUGUCCUGGAACCCAUCAUCAGAGACAACAACCUAGCUCACCCACUCUGCCAAAACCUCCGGGACGGUCAAUGGGCGCUGGACUACAUCACCGGCCGCUUGGAACAGUUCAGCAAGGAUGACAAGUACAGGAGAUUGAGCGAGCCUGCCGAGUGGCUCCAGAUGCGCUUCCAUGCUAUCAAACGGACCCCUAGCUUCCUCCUCCCGCGCUACUUUGGCCUCGUUCUCCGGACGGCAUACCUUGCGGCGACCAGGAGGGCAGUCCAACUCAUGAAUUCGCACAUCCAGAACGGCCAGUGGUUCCUCCAGAAGCUCGCGCUCGUCGGCGUGCAGCAGACGGGCUACGCAAAGUCCGGCUCUCUCUGGCCUAAGGAACUGGUCCCGUCAAUUGCUGCAGGACUGCCGCAUUUUGCUGUCUCUUGGGCGCGUUGCUGGGGACGCGACGUCUUCAUCUCGAUACGUGGGCUGUUUAUCGGAACCGGGCGCUUCGAGGAAGCCAAGGAACAUAUCGUCGCCUUCGGAAGCGUCUUGAAGCACGGCAUGAUCCCCAACCUUCUGAGCAGCGGCGAUGCACCGCGCUACAACUCCCGCGACUCCAUCUGGUUCUACAUCCAAACCAUCCAGGACUAUGUCAGGCUUGCGCCGGAGGGGACGGAGCUGCUCCAGACAAAGGUCCCGAGACGUUUCCUGCCUUAUGAUGACACCUGGUUCCCGUCUGAUGACCCCCGCGCCUAUUCGGAGGAGAGCACCAUUGAGGACAUCAUCCAAGAGGCACUCCAGAGGCACGCGUCUGGGAUGAAGUACAGGGAGGCCAAUGCCGGCCCUCAGAUUGACUCGCAGAUGCGGGACGAAGGCUUCAACCAGGAGAUCAAGGUUGACUGGGAAACGGGCAUCAUCUUCGGUGGCAACCAGUUCAACUGCGGCACGUGGAUGGACAAGAUGGGCGAGAGCGAAAAGGCAGGCUCGAAGGGGAUCCCAGGAACGCCUCGCGACGGCGCCGCUGUCGAGAUCACGGGGCUCCUAUACAGCAGUCUCCAGUGGCUGUCGGAGCUUCACAGGCAGGGCCGGUAUGCCUACGGCGACGUCAGGACAGCGGAGGGCACAUCUGUGUCCCUGUCGGACUGGGCCGCCCGCAUCAAGGCCAACUUUGAGAGGUGCUACUUCGUCCCAGCGUCACCUGACGAUGACGGCAAGUACGACAUCAACCCAGCCGUCGUGCACCGGCGCGGAAUCUACAAGGACCUGUACAAGUCGGGCAAAGAAUAUGAGGACUACCAGCUUCGGUGCAACUUCCCCAUCGCCAUGGCAGUCGCUCCGGAUCUCUUCGACCCCGAUCACGCCCUCGAGGCGCUCUGCAUCGCGGACAAGGCCCUCAGAGGACCGACAGGCAUGGCCACGCUGGACCCAGAAGACUACGGCUACAGGCCGUACUAUAACAACAGCGAAGACAGUACCGAUUUUGCGACGAGCAAGGGCAGGAACUACCACUCCGGACCCGAAUGGCUGUGGCCGACCGGCUUCUUCCUGCGCGCACUUCUCAAGUUUGACCUCAAGAGGAGGAGCACGGUGGCGGGACGCACCGAAGCUUUCCAGCAAGUGACGAGGCGUCUGGCCGGUUGCAAGCAGAUGAUCAAGGAGAGCGUGUGGGCAGGACUAGCGGAGCUGACGCAGAAGAACGGGGAGCACUGCCCUGAUUCGAGCCCGACACAAGCCUGGUCGGCAGGGUGCCUGAUUGAUCUGUACAUGGACGCAGCGACGGAGCAGGGAGAUGAGGUGACGAUGAAGAAGCAGCAGUAG